GAGCUGCGCGCCUGCGUCCCACCCGCCAGACCGCUCCGCCCGGUGCGGGCCCCGCGCCGCCGCGGGUGCGGGACGGGCGCCGCCCCCGCCCUGCCCGGCCACCGCACGCCAGCAUGGCGGCCUCGAACCUGGAGAACCAGCUGCACAGCGCGCAGAAGAACCUGCUGUUCUUGCAGCGGGAGCACGCGGGCACGCUCAAGGGCCUGCACGCCGAGAUCCGGCGGCUGCAGCAGCACUGCACAGAUUUAACAUACGAGCUGACCCUCAAAAGUUCAGAGCAGACAGGGGACGGACGCAGCAGCGAGCUGCAGAGGCGCUGCGAGGACCUGGAGGCGCAGCUGCGGGCCAAGGAGCAGGAGCACGAGGAGCUGCUGCGCGAGCUGGAGCAGAGGAACGCGGCCAUCGCCGUGCUGGAGACCACCGUGCGCGAGCGCGAGAGGCGGUACCUGGAGGAGCUGAAGCUCAAGAGCCACAAGCUGAGCCUGCUGUCGGGGGAGCUGGAGCAGCGCGCCGGCACCAUCGCCUACCUGACCUCGCAGCUGCACGCCACCAAGCGGAAGCUGCUCGGCUCCAGCGGCACCUCGGACGGCAGCCCCGGCGGGAGCCCCGUGCUGGCCGGCUACAAGCCCGCGCCCCCCAAGGACAAGCUGCCGGAGACGCCCCGCCGCCGCAUGAAAAAGAGCCUGUCCGCCCCCCUGCACCCCGAGUUCGACGAGGUCUACAGGUUUGGGGGCGAGAGCCGGAAACUCCUCCUGCGGGAACCGGUGGACGCCAUGCCCGACCCCACCCCGUUCCUGCUGGCCAGGGAGUCGGCCGAGGUCCACCUCAUCAAGGAGAGGCCCCUGGUCAUCCCGCCCAUCGCGUCCGACCGCGGCUCCGGCGAGAAGCACAAGGUGCACGUGGGCGUGGCCCACCGCAUCCACCACAUGGCCCCGCCGCAGGCGCAGCCCGAGGUGGAGACGCUGGCGGUGGACCAGGUGCGCGGGGCGGCAGCCGUCAGGAAGAACUCGGGGACGGACAGAACUGUGUGAGGCCGCCCCGCCCACCGCUGCCACACUGUGAUCACCGCUCCGGAACGCCCGUCACGCCGUUUUGUUUAGUUUCCAUGCAUGCCGAACUCUCAGACCCGCCAGCAGCCUUCCCCGCCCACCACCGUCUCCUCACCCACGUGCCCGUGCCCGAUGCAGCUCCCG